AAAUAAAAAGAAAUCCGAAAAUAUCUCCCCCAUUCGUCUCUCUCUCUCUCUCUCCCCCUUCUUCACCUAAAGCAAAGGCGCCGUCGGCUUCGUUCGGCUCCUACCUCGCGCCUUCCUCGCGCGGCGCGCCUCGCCUCGCUUGCCUUCUCCUCUCCUCUCCCUUCCUCUUCCUCCAUCUCGCCGCGGCAGGUCGAGCUCGGCGGCAGAAACCUACCAGGCGAGCUCGCGGAGGUGGUGGCGACGGCGGCGCGAUGCCCGCGUGGUGGCCCCGCAGCAAGCUGAGGUCGAGGUCGAAGGCCAAGCCGGGGGCCGCCGGGUCCGUCUCCGCAGCGUCGUCCCCGCGCAAGUCCGUGGACCUCGAGUCGCCCUCCCCGUCCCCGUCGCCGACGCAGCGGGACAGGAAGGCGCACAGCCUCGACUUCCCCGGCGCGGGCGCGGGCGCGGCGGGCCCCGCGCGCGGCCGGUGCGCCGCGGCGGGGCAUCAUGGGUCGGUAGGGUACAAGCUCCCGAUGCCCGUGGAGGCGACGGAGCCUGUCGGGACUCUGUACGAGGAGGUGCUGGCGGCGGCGGCGGCGGCCGGUGACGGCUGCUCGUCCGCGGAGGAGUCCAGCGUGUGCUCGGCCGGGUCGUUGGACGAGCCGCACUACCAGCAUGGGUUUAGGCCCAUGGAUCCAGUUGCUUUUGCGAGGGAAAGAAAUAUGCCUUCUGAUUCGGAUAGGACCGUAAAUGAAGACAAGCGUUUCAUGUCUUGUAGUAUGCCACGGGAGCAUCAGAAGUUCUUUGAGGUUCCUGUGUCUAGUGUUAGAGAACUUCAUUUGCAAAGUGAUGAACCUUCAACUAGUGAAGCCAAUCAUUCACGUGGAAGAAUGACAUCUGAUGAUCUCUUUGCUCCAAGAACAAGGAGUCUCUCUCCUGUCCCAAAAGGCCAUGUCUUCGCUGUGAGCAAUGGAAAUUCUAGAGAAUUUGGUUUUAGCCCGAGGUCACCAGUAAGAAAGAUGGAUGGGUUGAGGAGCCCACCACAUCCCUUACCUCUUCCUCCAGCUUCUGCUACUUGCUCUCCUCUUCUUCCAGCUUCUGCUGCUUGCUCACCUCUUCACCCAGCUUCUGGUGCAUGCUCACCUCUCCAUCCAGCUUCUGGUGCUUGCUCACCUCUUCCUCCAAUCCACAGUCCAUGCUCGCCUCUUCCUUCAUCUCCCAGUUCCUGCCCACCUCUUCCUGCAUCUCCUACUACCUCCUCACAGUCCCAGUCGCAAUGGAAGAAAGGAAAAUUGCUAGGGAGUGGUACAUUUGGCCAGGUUUACCUUGGAUUUAACAGUGAAAAUGGACAGUUUUGUGCAAUUAAGGAGGUUGAAGUUAUUAUGGACGAUCCACAUUCAAAGGAACGACUCAAACAAUUAAAUCAGGAAAUAGAUAUGCUUAGACAACUCUCCCACCCGAACAUAGUGCAGUAUCAUGGAAGUGAGCUGAGUGAUGAAGCACUUUCCAUUUAUCUUGAGUAUGUUUCAGGGGGUUCAAUCCACAAGUUACUAAGAGAAUAUGGCCCUUUUAAGGAACCUGUGAUUCGUAAUUACACUGGGCAAAUUCUUGCAGGUCUUGCCUACUUGCAUGGGCGAAACACUGUCCACAGAGAUAUCAAAGGAGCAAACAUACUUGUGGGUCCUAAUGGUGAAGUCAAGCUUGCUGACUUUGGCAUGGCUAAGCAUAUAUCAUCUUUUGCUGAAAUACGCUCUUUCAAAGGAAGUCCUUACUGGAUGGCUCCUGAGGUUAUAAUGAACAGUAAAGGCUACAGUUUAUCAGUGGACAUUUGGAGUCUGGGCUGUACCAUUAUUGAAAUGGCAACGGCAAGACCUCCUUGGCACCAAUAUGAGGGGGUAGCAGCAAUAUUUAAGAUUGCAAACAGUAAAGAUAUACCUGAAAUCCCAGACAGUUUCUCAGAGGAAGGGAAAAGUUUCUUGCAGCUUUGCUUGAAACGCAACCCUGCAUCUCGUCCCUCUGCAGCCCAGCUGAUGGAUCAUCCUUUUGUUCAGGAUCAUCCUGCAGUGAGAGCUGCAAAAUCCAGUGUAUUGAGAAACGCAAUGUCUUCUCCAGCAGAUGGCAGACACACAAUGUCCAACAGGGAGUUGCCAUCUCGGAAGAUUAUUACUCCUCUGAAAGAUAUUGCACUGAGCAUGCGAGAUUUUACUGGAUUUUCUACUGCUGUUACUUCUCCACACAGCAGCCCUAUUCCUGGAAGAGCAAACAUGUCUACGCCAGUUUCACCAUGCUCAAGCCCGCUGCGGCAGUUUAAGCAAACCAACGCGAGGUGCAUGCGUUCUCCACCUCAUCCAAUGCUCUCCCCUGGUCUUGGCAACACAUUAAGUUACACGCAAAAUCAGACAAGACGCAUUCCAGCUCCUGCCAUUUCAGAUCCUUGGCUGGAUGUUGGCCAGAUGAAACUCCAAACCCCCAAUAUUUCCCCCAAAAGGUUCUGAGAACGAUUUAUGAAAAAGAGAAUCAAGAGCGCAGGAUCUCCAUGACAAGGUAGUUAUUCAGAGAUGUUCAGGAAGCAACUUGUUUGUAUAGUUACUACAAUACGGCACUUACCGGAGGUUCAGUAGUACAGCGAAAUGGGGCUCUUGAGAAAUUGUAACAGGAAGUUCUGUAUAUUCGUAGGCUUUAAGGUUUGUUGUCGUUCUUGGUAUACAUAGUUAUACGUACAUAUACGUCCUGAUGUAAAUCCUACAAAAUCUUACAGAUGACUACGGGAUGUAAAUUCGUAAGCUUGUGUAAGCUGAUAUUUCUGCGAAGUAGCAGUAGUUAGGGACUUCCAUGGCAGAUGUAACCAUGUCUUUCCGAAUGAAUCGGAGGAAUAUACAUGUACCGUUUCAUCUCCAUUUCAGCUCUUGAUUCAAGCAGGUAAUUUGAAUAAAAAACUUGAAGGGAGCGGGGUGCAGAUUAUAUUUUUUUCA